AUUAAUUAAAUUUAAAUUAUUAAGUGAUUAAUAGUUUAAUGGAAAUUUUGUCACUAUAGUGAUUAAUAUAUCAGCAAACAAAAUGAUCUAAUAGUAUAUUUUUAUUAGAAAUAUACAUAUAUGUACAUCUAAAGAUAUACAAAACAUAAAACAAUACAAACUAAUUGCUAUGAAAUCGAAAAGUUUUAUAUGAACUCUACAAUAUUGGUCCAAUUCCGAUCAACAUUCAUCAUCUGCUGAAAUUACUCUUAUGCAUCAGGAUUUAGCAUCUCCCAACUCUACGUCGACAAACUAUCAACUUGCCUUGGGCCAUAGACAUCCCACAGUUGGUAAUUUGGAUCAUCAACAGGACUUCUCCUCGUACACAGCGAAAAUGUAUCAUUCAUCGGCCGGUUAUCCCGAUUUAAGUGGCAGCGCUACCGGUUCCGGUGUCAGUUCAUAUCAUCAACAGGCUGCUGCAGCUGCCGCUACCGUAAGCGCACCCGUCUAUGUACCCUCCAAUAGAGCUCUAACCAAUAGUCAAUACCAGCAUGUGGCAGCUCAUUUUGGCACAGCUGCUGCCCAGAAUGCUUGGACAUCGGACAGUUUUGGUACCGCUCAUACGCAAUUACCUCCUCAAUUCUAUACACAAAAUGCUGUUAUGAUGGGCUCUUGGAGAGCAGCCUAUGAUCCUACAGGAUUUCAGCGUUCUUCACCCUAUGAUAGUGCUAUUGAUUUUCAAUUUGGCGAGGGUAGAGAGUGUGUGAAUUGCGGAGCCAUAAGUACACCGCUGUGGAGACGAGAUGGUACGGGUCAUUAUUUGUGUAACGCUUGCGGAUUGUAUCAUAAAAUGAACGGCAUGAAUAGGCCAUUGAUCAAGCCAAGCAAGCGAUUGGUGAGUGCAACUGCCACUCGUCGCUUGGGUUUAUGUUGUACCAAUUGUGGUACACGUACCACAACUUUGUGGAGACGUAACAACGAGGGAGAACCUGUGUGUAAUGCAUGUGGCUUAUAUUUCAAACUGCAUGGUGUUAAUAGACCCUUGGCCAUGCGUAAAGAUGGUAUACAGACUAGAAAGAGGAAGCCAAAGAAAUCGGGUGGUAGCACUGAAAACGGCAAAGAGAUCAAAGAUGAGGAUCUCAAACCUUCUUUAGGAUUAGAACGUCAUAGUCUACCUGGUUCACUAGCUUCAAAGUUACAAAAUGAUUUAGCUGCCAAAUCGGCUAGCUCAUCAUCAGCUUUGCAUAAUUUAAGUCUGGGUUCUGCUACAUCUGCCUUGCAUAGUUCUCUUAGCCAUCAUAUGCAUUUGCCACACACUUCUGCCCAACAAACGAGGUUAUUAAAUAAUGUUUCGUCCUACACAUCAGCCGCCCAUUUAGGAUCAUCUACCAAUACCUCUACCUCCUCAACAAAUGGCAAUUCUGCGCACAGCAACAAUUUGUAUUCACCUUCAGCUUUAGCUGCCCAAAGUAAUUUGAGUCACUCGCAGUUGUCAGGCUCGGCUUUUGGAACACAAAAGUACGAACAUCUCUUGGGCUCCAGCAAUGCUUUGUCGAAUGGUUUAUCGCCCUCGAGUACGGCCAGUUCCAAUUAUCAUGCCCAUCAUUUACACCAUCAUCAUCAUGCUGCAGCUGCCGCCCAUCAUGCGGCCUCGGCAGCACAUCACCAUCAUCAUCACUCACCUUCGCUGUCGCAACAUGUACCCACCUCAGCGAGUAGUGGCGGCAGCUUAGGCGGUUACAGUGUUAAAUCCGAAUCGAAUGCCACCAACUAUGACUAUGUUAAUAAUUGCUAUUUUGGUUCCUCCUUUGGUGCUUUCGGUGGCUCAACAGGUUCUUCAUCGGGCGUGCAUGGUGCUACGGCUUCAGACAUGGCCGGGGUAUAUCAUCACCAGCAUAACGUUAUACAGGCGGCGAAACUAAUGGCCACCUCAUAAAAGUUACAAUAACAGUAUUACAGAGAUACGUGAUAGAGUUUACAGGAUCUCGGACAUUUAAAUGUGUAUUAAACAAAACUGCUUGAUUGCGUGAGAGAAAACUUCAAAUAUCAUUAAAUAAAGAGA